CUACAUCACAACGCAAAAUACAAAGUCCUAUGUAAAGGCGGCUGUUUCGACACUUCUGUCAAGUGCAUUUCAAUGAGUUGGCAUCAGCCUGGUCUUGAUGUUAGUGCUGCUCCUUUACAUCAGAUAACUCCUCAUGGUCUCUUGUCAAGUGGAUAUAUUCCUGGGUUUGAUCAAAGUGGAGGUGGUAUGGAUUCAGAGAGUACACUUCUGACAGAGCAGCGAGCUCAGUUGACGGGAAGAGAACUUCAGCAACUUCUCAGUGUAGCUCACCAAAGUUUGGACGAAGCUCAGGAAAGGAAACAGUCAUUAAAUAGCCAUAGAUUAAAACCGGCUUUAUAUAGUGUAUUUUGUGAAAUUAAGGAAAAAACAGCUUUAAGCCUUCGUAACUCUGCUGCUUCCGCUGUGGAAGAUGAAGCUAACUCACCAGAUCCACAGUUACUACGCCUGGACAAAAUGUUAGUUGCUGAAGGUGUAACUGGUCCGGGAGGCGGUUUAAACAGUGAUCUUAGUGAUGGUCCCGGAGAUUUGGGUGGUGGACCGGUUGGCUUAGGACCUGGUGGUGCUGGUGAUUGUAAUCAAAUUGAACAUGCUGAUUAUCGUGCUAAAUUAUCACAAAUCCGUCAGAUAUACCAUGCAGAAUUAGAAAAGUAUAAAAAUGCAUGCGAUGAAUUCACAGGACAUGUUAUCAAUUUAUUACGGGAACAGAGUCGUAGUCGACCUAUCAGUCCAGCAGAGAUUGAACUUAUGGUUGGCAUAAUUCGACGAAAAUUUCGAGCUAUCGAAACACAACUGAAACAAAGUACUUGUGAAGCAGUUAUGAUACUAAGAUCGAGAUUUUUAGACGCAAGACGUAAACGUCGAAACUUCAGCAAAGAGGCCACAGAAGUACUCAAUGAGUAUUUCUAUUCCCAUUUGGCUAAUCCAUAUCCUUCAGAGGAAGCCAAAGAAGAGUUAGCUAAAAAAUGUGGAAUAACAGUUUCACAGGUAUCUAACUGGUUUGGUAACAAACGCAUUCGUUAUAAAAAGAAUAUUGUGAAAGCUCAAGAAGAGGCAAAUAUGUAUGCUGCGGCAACGGCAGCAGCGGCGGCUGCAGCUGGUUCAGUAGCCUCUGGAACUGGCGGUCCAACAUCAUCUGAUGAGCAUUCUGUUGGAUACGGUCACCCUGGCUACGACUAUGAUGAUUCCAUGGGUCUUCAAAGACCUGUUCCUCAAAUGUCCUGUCCACCUGACCAUGACACGUGGAUGGCUGGUGGAGGUGGAGUUCUUGGACCAGGUGGUAUGGACGAACCUGACUGUAAACGCAGUAAACUUUAAAAGAGUGAGUUGUCUUCAUCAUCAGGCAGGCUGGUGAAGCACAACCUUAGUUGAUAAAUUUAUCUUUUAAUUGUUUCCUUUUUUCUUUUCCAUCUCAUAAACGUAUAUUUUUUGCCGGUUAGUCUAUAUAUGUGUCUGGUAAUUUUUAUCCAUUAUUUUUAAUUUCACAUAUGUUCCCUGGGUGGGGGUGGGUGGGUUUAUGAGACAAAAAAAGAUAUUGUUCAACGCAAUUAGUCUAUACAUAUUGUGCAUCUUAUUUGUAUUCUUAUAUUGAUUUAUUUGAUGUAGUUUUUCUUUUUGUUCUUCUUUUUGUCUGAUUUCUUUCUCUCCUGCGUCUAUUUUUUUCCUUCGCUGUUUUCUCUAUAUACAUUUGUCUAUGAUUGUUUUCUCCUUAAAGUACUUAAUGUUAUAUAAUUUUCAAUUGUUUUCGUUAAAUGAUAUAUUUUAUUCUCUUUAGCAGUUAUACUUGAUAUGUUAUCGUUUACUUGGGUAUUAAAAAACAAGCAAGCAAGCAAACAAACAUGAUAUUACCUUUGUCUGUAUUAGUGUUGUAAUUUAUUAUUAUUAUUACUAUUAUUAUUAUUGUUAUUAUUAUCAUGGUCAUUUCUACCACUCACUCAUUCAUUCAUUCAUCCGUCCAUUCAUCUCUGCCUUUCGUAUUCUCAGAUAACCUGUCUACGAUUAUCCCAUUCCUCUUUCACUCUUAUCUAAUGUUCCUCAAUCUUUCAUGGCUUAUGUUUAUUUUUGUUUGUUUUUUGGGGUUUUUUUGGUUGGGUAUAGUUCUCUUUUCAUUUCUUUUGGACCAUUUUUUUCUCUCUCGGUAAGUUGUAUGUUUCAUAACUGUAUCGUAUGUAAACUACUGGUUCUUCUUUAUUUACCUUCAAUAAAACAGUUUAAAUUACGG